UCGCGGGGCCGCGAGGGCCGGGGCGCCAUGGCCGAGUCGCAGCUGAGCUGCCUGGACGAGGCGCACGUGAACGAGUGGCUGAGCGAGGCGCAGGCCGCCUUCUACUACUGCGAGCGGCGGCGGGCCGCGCUGGAGGCGCUGCUGGUCGGCGGCGAGCAGGCCUACCGCGACCGGGUCCGGCGGGAGCGGCUGCGGGACUUCCUCUCCAGCCGGGAGCGCCAGGCCCUGCGCGCCGCCUGGAGCCCCUACGAGGACCCCGCCGCCGCCGCCGCCGCCGCGGGCAGGAGCAAGGCCAAGGCCAGGGCCAAGGGCCCCGCGCAGGCCGCGGCCGAGCCCGACGAGUCCCUGGCCUACUGGCCCGACCGCUCGGACACCGAGGUGCCCCCGCUGGACCUGGGCUGGACCGAGAGCGUCUUCUACCGCGGCGUGAGCACUGUCACCCUCUUCACCCACCCCCCCAAGGAGGAGACGGCCCCGCACCUGAAGCAGGUGGUCAGACAGAUGAUACAGAAGGCGCACAAGGUCAUCGCUGUGGUCAUGGACCUGUUCACCGACUGCGACAUCUUCCAAGACGUCGUGGACGCCGCCUCGAAGCGCCGGGUCCCCGUGUACAUCAUCCUGGACGAGGCCGGAGUCCCGUGCUUCCUGGAGAUGUGCCAGGGCCUGGAACUCGCCGACUUCCGCAUCCGGAACAUCCGUGUCCGCUCUGUGACUGGCGUGGGCUUCUAUGCGCCCACAGGGAAGAUCAAGGGGGCCCUGUCAUCGAGGUUCCUGAUGGUGGAUGGUGACCAGGUAGCCACUGGAUCCUACAGCUUCACCUGGAGUUCCUCCUGCGUGGACAGGAACCUCCUCCUCCUCCUGACGGGGCAGAACGUGGAGCCCUUCGACGUGGAGUUCCGGGAGCUGUACGCCAUCUCCGAGGAGGUGGACCUGUACCGGCACCUGGGCCUGGCGGGAGGCGCCGGCAGACUGGGCCUCAAGUACUCCUCCACCGUGGCGCGCAAGCUCAUCAACCCCAAGUAUGCCCUGGUGGUGGGCAGCCGCCGACCGCCGGGAGAGAUGAUGCGUCGGGCCGUGCGGCAGCAGCAGGAGGCUGGCGGCCACCCCGCGGGGCAGGAGGAGGCCGGCGGAGGAGGCGAGUCGGCCUGGCGCCUGGAGAGCUUCCUCAACGACCUGGUGACGCUGGAGCAGGUGCUGCCCCCCGUGGAGCCCGUGCCCCUGGGAGAGCCGCGCCGGAUGGUCUCCCACAUACACGUGGACCUGAAGCCCCGAUCCCGGAACAGCAAGGGGGACGCUGCCAACGGGGAGGCCACUGUGGCCAAGGAGGGCAAGCGCUUCAGUGGCAGGCUUUUCAGCCAGCGGCCCAAGAGGCCUGCAGCACCCAACGGCACAGCCGGCUCCCUCUCCACCGAGACUCUCACCGACAGGGAGAUUCGGGCAGGGAAGAGGCCCAACGAGGGUUCCAACGGUGCUGACAUCUCAGGUAAAGCAAGCCCCAGUCCCUCCAAGUCGAGCAAUUGUGUGGUUUGCUGAGCUGCGGGACCUGAGGUUGCCGACCUGCCCUGUGUGGUGCUAUGCCGAGCCUGGGCCACACCCUGCGACUGUUUGCACUUCGGACCCCAGCUGGCCUCGGGGAGGGCCCCUGAGUCCCAAACCAGAGGACGGGAAGCAUCUCAGGAAGACCCCACGGCGCCUUGUUGACCCUGAGCUGUGCCUGCUCUCCCUUGUGCUGGCCCCUCCCCCACAGGCAGGCCCCAAGUGGGGUGAGGGCCAUGUCUUCACACCUUCACGGGAUGGGGUUUCUGGGGCAGCCCCCCCCCCUCCGGCUUCUGCUUCCCUAAGCUUCCUGGGGCUUCUGAUCCCCCCAGGAGGUUGGUGGAAUAAAAGGGAAGAGGCCGGACUGAGCUCCAGCCU